CGGCUGAUUCAAAACGUACUAGGGCGGGGCGGUGCCAAGCCGAAGUACCCGGCGGGCAGAAAGGGGCUUCGACAGAGCUCCUGCCGGGUCCGCGCGGUUCCAGAGCGGCGGCGGCGGCGACAGCAACAUGGACGAGGCGGUGGGCGACCUGAAGCAGGCUUUGCCCUGCGUGGUCGAGGGGCCCGUGGUGCACGUGGAGGUGCUGCAGCGUGGCGGCAGCACUGCCAAAAAAGAAGACAUAAAGUUAAGUGUUCGAAAGUUGCUGAACAGGCAUAAUAUUGUGUUUGGCGAUUACUCAUGGACGGAGUUUGAUGAUCCUUUUCUGAGCAGAAACGUGCGGUCUGUGUCUAUUGUUGACACAGACCUAAAAGUUAAAGAGUCUCAGCCUAUUGAUCUGAGUGCCUGCACCAUUGCUCUGCACAUCUUCCAGCUGAAUGAAGAUGGCCCCAGCAGUGAGAAUCUGGAGGAGGAGACGGAAAACAUCAUCGCAGCAAAUCACUGGGUUCUGCCUGCAGCUGAAUUCCAUGGACUUUGGGACAGCCUAGUGUAUGAUGUGGAAGUCAAAUCACAUCUCCUUGACUACGUGAUGACGACCCUACUGUUCUCAGACAAGAACGUGGACAGCAAUCUCAUUACCUGGAACCGUGUGGUGCUGCUGCAUGGUCCUCCGGGAACUGGGAAGACCUCCCUGUGCAAGGCCUUGGCCCAGAAACUGACCAUCAGACUGUCCAGCAGGUACCGGUAUGGCCAGUUAAUUGAAAUAAACAGCCACAGCCUCUUUUCCAAGUGGUUUUCAGAAAGCGGCAAGCUGGUAACUAGGAUGUUCCAGAAGAUUCAGGACUUGAUUGAUGACAAGGAAGCACUGGUGUUCGUGCUGAUCGACGAGGUAGAGAGUCUCACAGCUGCUCGGAAUGCUUGCCGGGCAGGUGCAGAGCCAUCAGAUGCCAUCCGUGUGGUCAAUGCAGUCUUGACCCAAAUUGAUCAGAUUAAAAGGCAUUCCAACGUGGUGAUUCUGACUACCUCCAAUAUCACGGAGAAGAUCGACGUGGCCUUCGUGGACAGAGCUGACAUCAAGCAGUACGUCGGGCCGCCCUCGGCAGCAGCCAUCUUCAGGAUCUACCUCUCCUGCCUGGAGGAGCUGAUGAAGUGCCAGAUCAUAUACCCACGACAGCAGCUGUUGACACUGCGUGAGCUCGAGAUGAUUGGCUUCAUUGAGAACAACGUGUCCAAGCUGAGUCUCUUCCUGAGAGAAAUCUCAAGGAAGAGUGAGGGCCUCAGCGGCCGGGUCCUGAGGAAGCUCCCGUUCCUGGCCCACGCACUGUACGUCCAGGCCCCCACCAUCACUGUCGAGGGCUUUCUUCAGGCUUUGUCUCGGGCUGUGGACAGGCAGUUCGAGGAGAGGAAGAGGCUAUCAGUGUGUGACUGAGCUGGCUCCAUGGCUGUGUUUUCCAUGCGUGCACAGGUGACACCACCAGCUCCCCACUCCGAGCAGCAGGUGCCCCACAGAGCCGCUCAGGGCUGCAGGCCAGCAUGUCCCUGAAGGCAAGCAUCGGUGUUUGUAAAAAGAUAGUCCAAAUCCUGUCAGUCUCCAUGUGUUCAUUCUCAUCCUGGUCCAGCCAGCCACAUGCAAGGAUUGUGUGAAAUAAAAGGAACCAGUGGCUGUUAGGAAACGAGGGGAACUCGAGCCCCUGCCUACACCUGUGGUCACAGCAGCCAGAGACGGACUCCCUUCGGGCUGGAGGAGGCAAGUGCGGAAAGCCAUCCCCUCCUCCCCGAAACUGAAUCCGACAGGAGCUGUGCAGGUGCUCCAGACAGCCUCUGGGCUCGGGAGACGUCAUGCGACUGCCCGUGGCGGCACUGUUCAGUGGCAGCAUUCGAAUCCACUGCGGAUCUACAGUGGCCAGUGGGAAGGAAGUGGGUAAUGAUGGGUGCAUUUCACAGAAUAUUAUGUUUUGCUUUUACCUCAUGCAAAAGUAAACCUCGUAUUAGUGCUCUGAACAAGAAAUCCACUUUUUAAAAGAUGUAACUUGUGCUCAUAGGACAUUUUUAAGUAAUUAAAAUCAAUUUCAGUAUUUUCUUGGAUUCCA